CAAGGCCUCAUAAGGAGGGGGAAGUCCCUGGCGUGGAUUAUAUUUUCAUCACUGUGGAAGAUUUUAUGGAACUAGAGAAAAGUGGGGCUCUUCUAGAAAGUGGGACUUAUGAAGAUAAUUACUACGGUACUCCCAAGCCUCCAGCUGAGCCAGUCCCCCUGCUAUUAAAUGUCACAGAUCAGAUCCUCCCAGGAGCAACGCCCAGUUCGGAAGGCAAACGGAAAAGGAACAAGUCGGUGAGCAACAUGGAAAAGACAGGGAUCGAACCGCCGGAGGAGGAAGAGGAAGAGAAAGCAGUGGUGAACGGCAAUAGCGUGGCAAUCACGCCAGAGUCGAGUGAACAUGAGGAGAAGAGCAUGGGUGCCUCAGUUGAAACUUCAUCUCAACCUUACCCUGCUCCUGUUUAUAGCCAGCCAGAAGAAGUGAAAGAGGAGAUGGAUGUAACGAAGCAUCCAAAACUUGAAGAAAACGAUGAACUGGGCCCCUUGCCGGAUAAUUGGGAAAUGGCUUACACAGAGAAAGGGGAAGUCUACUUCAUUGACCAUAACACAAAGACCACAUCAUGGCUGGAUCCACGCUUGGCAAAGAAGGCUAAACCUCCCGAAGAAUGCAAAGAAAAUGAAUUACCCUACGGCUGGGAGAAAAUUGACGAUCCCAUCUAUGGCACUUAUUAUGUGGACCACAUAAAUAGGAGGACCCAAUUUGAAAAUCCUGUUUUGGAAGCCAAAAGGAAGUUACAACACCGUGCCAUGCCCAACGCAGAACUUGGAAUCAAGCCAUUGCCAGUCCAGAGUUUCCGAGAGAAACCCCUCUUCACCCGGGACGCCUCCCAGCUGAAAGGCACCUUCCUCAGCACAACCCUUAAGAAAAGCAAUAUGGGCUUUGGAUUCACCAUCAUCGGUGGGGACGAACCUGACGAGUUUCUCCAGGUGAAGAGCGUCAUUCCGGAUGGGCCGGCGGCACAAGACGGCAAGAUGGAGACAGGUGACGUCAUUGUCUACAUUAAUGAAGUCUGCGUCCUCGGACAUACUCACGCGGACGUCGUCAAACUCUUCCAGUCUGUUCCCAUUGGCCAGAGCGUCAACCUGGUGCUAUGUCGUGGAUACCCUCUGCCCUUCGACCCCGAAGAUCCUGCCAACAGCAUAGUGCCGCCACUCGCCAUGAUGGAGAGGCCUCCGGUCAUCGUCAACGGGAGACAUAACUAUGAAACGUACUUGGAAUACAUUUCUAGAACUUCCCAAUCCGUUCCGGAUAUCACGGAUCGGCCGCCCCAUUCCUUGCACUCCAUUCCAGCAGAGAGUCAGCUCGACGGCGCAUUCCCACCACCCCUCCACGACGACAACGUCUCCAUGGCCUCGUCGGGAGCCACUCAAGCUGAACUCAUGACCUUAACCAUUGUGAAAGGGUCCCAGGGCUUCGGCUUCACCAUCGCGGACAGUCCCACGGGACAAAGGGUGAAGCAGAUCUUAGAUGUCCAGGGCUGCCCCGGUUUAUGUGAAGGCGAUCUCAUUGUGGAGAUCAACCAGCAGAAUGUACAGAACAUGAGCCAUGCCGAGGUAGUGGAUAUACUUAAAGAAUGUCCAGUUGGAAGUGAAACGUCUUUGUUCAUCCAUAGAGGAGGAUUCUUUUCACCAUGGAAAACUCCAAAGCCUAUGAUGGAAAAAUGGGAGACCCAGGGGAGUCCUCAGACAAGUUUAUCUGCUCCAGCUGGACCGCAGUCUAUUCCCUUCCCACCAGCCCUUCACAGAAGCUCUUUUCCCGAUUCAACAGAGGCCUUUGACCCCAGGAAGCCUGACCCAUACGAGCUGUAUGAGAAGUCACGAGCUAUUUAUGAAAGUAGGCAACAAGCACCUCCUAGGACCGGUGUACGAAUGGAUACUUCGGGUUCCGAUUACAAGGAGUUGGAUGUUCAUCUUCGGAGGAUGGAAUCGGGAUUCGGCUUCAGAAUUCUUGGAGGGGAUGAACCGGGACAGCCGAUUCUGAUCGGGGCCGUCAUUGCGAUGGGCUCAGCUGACAGAGAUGGCCGCCUGCAUCCUGGCGAUGAAUUGGUUUACGUGGACGGCAUCCCCGUGGCUGGCAAAACUCACCGCUACGUGAUUGACCUCAUGCAUAACGCAGCUCGAAAUGGGCAAGUGAACCUGGCGGUGAGAAGAAAGGUGCCCCCUACAGACGAACCAAACUCCUGGAGGGCCCCCGCUGCCACCUCCCCAGGUCUGUCGGAAAUAACUCUUUCCCCCGAUGACAUUGUCCUGCCAUUAUCUUCAUCGCAUCUAGCCCAGCCCUCUGACCCUUCCUGCCAGAUAAGCCCAGACUCAGCUUGGGAUAUCAAGAGGGAACAUCACGUCAACAAGCCAAAGGAGUUUCCGGUCAACGGCCACAGGAAGAAAAGGUUAGGCGAACAGACGGAGCGGCCUGCCAGUCCCAAGAAGGUAGAUAGGUCAAAACAUGAAGAGGUGUGGAGGAAAGCAAGCUCGGAAGGCAAGAGUACGGAGAGCGGAAGGCCGUUGCCGGAAACUAAGGCAGGAGGACUCAACCCAAUGGCCGAGGAUGGUGUCAGAGGACAUGGAUGUGCUGGAACCAAUGAGGAAUGGGUUGGGAGAUCCAAGAGCAAACGAGGAGGAUCCCUUGGAGGAAAGGAUCCUUACGUCACGGUGGCGGCAGAGAAGAAGUCAACCGAACACGUCAAGUUGGAUUCCAUUGGUGCUACCAAGGCGUAUAGUAGCAAUAGUUGCAGCUCCCACGGAAGUGACGUGGAUCACAGCCUGAAAGAACCCGAGAGGAAGCCCGGCGAAUUCCCACGGAAGGGACACGCCCACCCCAUCUCGACCCACAACCCCAACCCUACCGCUCGGAAGGCAACGGUCUCUCCGGGGCCAUGGAAAAUCCCUGGCUCCGAUAAGUUACCUGGGAUCUUAAAAUCCACCCCUUCUGCCAUGAGCAGAUAA